UGUAUCAAAACACGUGUUUUUAACCUGCUAUAAAGUUUACGAAUCGACUUACUAAUCAAUAAAAAUUGAAAGAAAAUGAGCUUUAAAAAUUAUAAAACUAUAGUGGAAGAAGGUGAUGUGGUUAUAUUAUAUUUUGGUAUUGAUAACAUGAUGAAACUAGAAAUAACCAAAACUCGAAAAUCAAAAGAUGGUACGAAAAUUGUUGAGAAUAUUUAUCAAACAAAAUACGGUGCAAUUAAACCGUUUACUCUGUUGGGUAAAAAGUAUGGUACGCUGAUUCAAUUGACAAAAGGUUGGGGAUAUAUUUUACAACCGACUUCAGAUGUUUGGACAAAAUGUUUACCGCAUCGUACACAGAUUAUUUAUGGACCUGAUAUAAGUAUGAUCUUAACUUUGUUGGAAUUAAAACCUGGAUCAACUGUUAUUGAAGCAGGAACCGGAAGUGGAUCUUUAUCGCAUGCAUUUAUUAAUACAGUGAAACCAACUGGAAAAUUGUACACAUAUGAUUAUCAUGCAAAUCGUGUAAAAGUUGCGGCUGAAGAAUUCGAACAACAUGGAUUAUCUGAAUGGGUACAAUCACGGCAAUCUGAUGUGUAUGCUGAUGGCUUUACCGAUUUACCAGAAGGUUUAAGAGUAGAUGCAGUAUUUUUAGAUUUACCAAAACCAUGGCUUGUGUUACCGUUUACAAUGAAAGUACUUAAAGAUAAGGGAGGACGUAUAUGUUGUUUCAGUCCAUGCAUUGAACAAGUACAAACUACAGCAAAAUUAUUAAGGGAGUUAGGCUUCCAUAACGUUGAAACAAUUGAAUUAGUUCAAACAACGUACAAUGUGUAUAAUCGACAUUUCGAUGAAAUGAAUUUAGAAAUUUUAAAGCAAAAGAAACCAGAAGUUGAAAGUUCUACUAAAAUGGAGAUUGGCGAAGAAAAAGUUGAAGAAAGUAAGGAAAAUGACAAUAAAGAGAAAGAAGCUGCUAGUAAAGAGAAAGAAAAUGCUAAUAAAAGUAAAGAAAAUCAUAAUAAAAAUAGAAAAGAUUUCAAAACAGCUAAAAAUGAAAAAUUCUCUGAACAGAGUCAUAAUACGACCAAAAUGUUAAUACAUGUUCCAAUGCCUGAAACUCAAACAGGUCAUUCUGGAUACUUAACGACGGCCACAUAUUUCCCAACAAUACGAAAUGAGCUAACCGAUUUAAAUAUGGAAGAUGAAAAUGCUGAUAAUACUAAUGAAAGUGUACAAGAAGAUUCAGGUGAACCACAAGCUAAAAAACUAAAAACAUAAGUUAUUUAAAUUAUUCUUUUGUAUAUUUUAUAUAUUUGAAAAUAAAUGAAUUUUAUCGUAAA